UCCAGCGAAACAAGAAUUCGAAAAAGCAUCGAGUUUUCCGAAAGUCUCCGCUUUCCCGCCGUCACAAUCUGUAACCAAAACAUGCUGAAGAAAAGCAAGAUACAGGGAACGCAAGCUCAGGACUACUUAGAUCAGCUGGAUGACUUGAAGUUUAGCGUAGCGGGGCUAAAGAAUUCAAAUGUGCCACCGUUUGAUAUAGAAAAAGUUGUACAAGAAUCCGGUCAUCAUAUUCAUGAAAUGGUCAAUCAGUGUCAAUUCACUGACCAAGUUUGUUCCUUGAAAAAUUUCACUCCUGCAGCCACGAUGUCGUUCUUUCACGGCAACUGUUACACUUUCAAUGCCGGGGACAACGGCUCGUCCAUUCUGCGCGUCCGUGCGUCGGGUAAAAUGCAGAGUUUGACGCUUCGAUUGGAUUCGGAGCCCCAUGAAUACUACGGGCCUUUCAGUUACGAUGCUACAGGAUUCAAAAUUGCUGUUCACAACCAGGGAAAUCAUCUUGAUAUAGAGGAAGAAGGAUAUGACAUCUCGCCAGGGUUUUACACAAGCAUAAGGAUCAAGAAAAAUAAGGUUCGUCGAUGAUCUAAACUAUGUAAU